GAAUCUCAUUGUUGGCGGGGACAUCACUCAAGCUGGUGUUUUAAGGCCGGAGAGAGGCUCCCAGUUCAUUAGAGCUGUGUUUCGAGGGCCAGGAGUAAGAGAAGGGGGCACUACGUCUUCUGGUGACAGCGGGCUGUGGUGAAAAUUCCCAACCAGAAGAUCCGCAGAGUUUCGGGGGAAAAGGCCAAAAGGCAGCGGAGAGAGGCCGAGCUGAGACAAACCAGAGGGAGAGGACGUCGGAAGAUGGCACCUGCCAGUUUGGUUUUUGCGUGUUUACUGUUCACCGUGAGGAUGGUCGCCUCGGAGGUCUAUCUGGAGUCUGAGGAGGAGGAACUCAAUGAAACUGUCAUUUGCACCAACGACCAUAUGGAGGUCGUCAUCCCGAGCUCCUUUUUCCUCAGCAAAGUGCCUCCAGUUUAUGUUUCGGAUUUGCAUUUAAACGAUCCAGACUGCCGUGGCGUUGAGGUGGGGGACGACUAUGUUUUCAGCAUAAAGAAAAAUCUCUCAGACUGCGGGACGGUAAUGACCUCCGACGACACUCACAUCAUGUUCAUAAACACCAUACACAAUAACUACUCGGAUAUUAUCACCAGAAACUACAUCAACAUCACAUUCGUGUGCCGCUACCCCAUCAACUACAUGGUCCGGCAGCCCAAUGGUGAAAACAUGAUACGGGUGGAUGUCAAAACCAUCACGCUGAACACGGAGGACGGGAACUUCUCCGUGUCGAUGCUGCUGUACAAAGACGAGGCCUUCGAGGACAGAUGGACCACUGUGCCGUCGCUGACCCUGGAUGAUGACAUCUUUGUGAAGGUUUUCAUGAUACCGGCUGACCUGAUGCUUCGUAUGGAGAGAUGCUGGGCGACACCGACCAGUGAUCCAUACAGCAAUAUUCAGUACACCUUCAUCAGGGACAGCUGUCCAGUGUUGACCAGUGAACAGACCCUGAGCGUGCUGAGGAACGGCCAGGGUCCGGAGGCCUUGUUCAGGAUACAAAUGUUCAAGUUCGUCGGCAGCUCUUACACCAACGUCUUCCUCCACUGCAAUGUCCAGAUCUGCCACAACGGCCCUGGCCUGUGCCAGCCUAACUGUUCCGGUGAAGAUGGGUUAAUGAGAGCGCGGAGAGACGUCCCGCUCUCCCAUACUGUGUCUUAUGGACCAAUCAGGCGGCUACUAAACAACAGGGAAAAGCCCACUAAGAAUGCAGGUGGAGUCCCGGCUGUGGAGACCUUUGUCCUCGGAGGUCUGCUGCUCGUCCUGCUGCUGGUUACGGGGGUGUUAGGGAGGCUGUGGCUCCGCUCCAGACGUUUCUACCCGGCGCGAGAGGCGCAGCUCACGCUGUCUAACAUUCACCACAUCUCAGAGGUGGCCUCAUGAACCCGGGGAGCUGACAAAAGGACAUAGGGAAAAAAAAAUAAUAAUAAUAAUAAAAAAAAUAAUAAUAAUAAAAAAUAAAUAAACACAUGCAAAGACGUGUGAUUUAUAUUAAUAAAAGUUUUGCAUAUUUUCUCCUUUAUAAAAUGACUUUCUGGAUGUGUAAGAACUUAAUAAACAUCUAUCUGAA